CGGUCCAGUGCCCACAUCACCCAAACCACCGCUCCACACGUCCCACACAUUUCGUUUGAAUCUACAUUCAAGCCACCGUCUAGUCCGACCUUCCAAUAAAUCACAAUGUCGUCGCCAUACUCUGAGUACUACCCCAGCACCGGCGCCCUGCCGAUGCCCGUCCCUGCCGGCAAGGGCCAGUAUCCGGAGUACUAUCAGAGCCGCGAGAGCACCUACUCCGUGUCACCCCCGGAAGGAGAUGCCUCCAUCAGUUCCGGAUCCAAUAUGCUACCGUCGUACAGCAACGGCUACACUGCGACCACUUCCAGCUACGCCGGGAGCAGCCACGGCGAUUACGACAGCGCCGCCUCUGCCAGCGGAGUUGACUUUAACGAGUACAUGCAAGAUCGCUUCGCGGGCACCUUCAACCCCCUUCCCCUGGACAAGUGCAUGGCCGUGCAAGCGCAGACAUCUGGACAUCUCAACGCCAAGCAGCGUGAGCUCAUGGAACUGCAGGCGAAGGCGCAGGCACGCCUUGCAAAGUCCCGCGCCCGCUUCGCCGAGGGCCUUCAGGAUGCUCGCGAGGUGCGCGCCGAUCUCGAAUGGACGCAGAAGAAAGUCUCAUCGUUGAAGUCAAAGGCGUCAAAAAAGCACUCCAAGGAGUACAGCAAGGCGCGCGCAAGGUAUCCAUCUCCGGAAUACUGAUUCCGAGGCUCACUUUCGCAACCACAACCCCCCUUUCACCAUUUUUACGUUUGUUACGCCGUUUCCUGGACACUCCUGGCCACCUCAUAAACAGGCGCAUACGGUACAUAUUCCCAAAAUCAUUUUCGGAGCCCUGCCACGGCGCGGGAAGCGAAGCCUCGAACAAGAGGUGACGUUGAGGCGAGGCGCGGCAAUUAGGCGCCGAUUCUCUCGCUGCUUUACGGCGGGGACUGCAGCAUGCAGCGUUUUCCCAUCUCCACGCCCCCUCCCUCCCAGGCGGCGCUUGCGACCGCCGUGGGGGGUGUGGGCGGCUGUUUCACGACGUUAUGACUUAUGAUUGGAUGAUCCGGGACAAUCUGGAGGCCCAGCGUUAUUAAAAAAAGUACAGUACACCCACCACCCUUUUCCCUGCAUGUUCGAGAC